AUGAAUACGCACGGACGCAGCAUCACGUCGCUGAAAUCAUUAACCCUGGACCUCCCCCCAAGCUGUAUCGAAUUCUGUCCGGGUCAUCCGGACUAUUUCGUCGUUGGUACAUAUAAUUUACAGAAAGAAGAUAAUACAGAUACGGGCGGUUCUACUGGAGAUGACCAAGAACAACAGGAGGUAAAGAAAACUCAAUCUCGGGAUGGUAGUCUUGUUCUCUUUAAGUUGUUAGAGACUUCGGAUAUAAAGCACGUACAAACUGUUCUCUACCCUUCUGCUCUCCUUGACCUUCAUUUUCAUCCUAGUCGAGAAGGCUCUACUGUGCUGGCUGUCGUCUCCAGUACUGGAAGCCUGUCGUUCUUCAAGCUUUCUACUUUAGAAGAACAUCCGGCUUCCUUAAAGGAAAUCGUUACUCACAAGCCGCUUGGUGAUGAUGAGGGAGUUCUAGUCCUGUCAUGUUCGUGGCAUCCACAUAUUCCUGAGCUCCUAGCAAUUACAACCUCCAACUACGAAGUCCAUAUCCUGCGUGUUACUGACUCAUGGGAUGUCUCUAAGACAAGCGAUGGGCCUGUGAUAACUCACACUCUUGAAGCGUGGACAGUGGCAUUUUCAUCGUUGACACUAGGCAAGCCUAGCUCGGAUGCAGCAGGUUCUCCAGGGGAAAGCUCUGAGCAAUUCGCAGUAUUCUCAGGAGGUGACGAUUCUAAACUCCUUACUACAAAUUGUGCAUAUUAUCCGGCUCGUAUUGAUACUGAAGAGAGCCUAGUCGAGACUUCAUGCCCACCAAUUGUGUUCAGGGGACACGAAGCAGGAGUAACUGCUAUACUCACCCUAAAUCUGCAAGUUUCAUCGCACGAUUCCGUGGUUGUCACUGGAAGCUACGACGACUACAUUAGAGUAUACGCGUUCGAUGAGCAAAGAAAGGGGAUGCUUCCUUACAGAUCCAGGUUACUAGCAGAGCAAAAUUUACAAGGAGGUGUAUGGAGACUUAAACUGAUAACAUUAGAAAAAGCUACGGAGAGCACCAAGGGAGACAGCAAGCAGUGGAAAGUCUUUAUUCUCGCCUCAUGUAUGCAUGCGGGAUCACGAGUACUUGAGAUCUCAGGUGGUACAGAGGCUGAAUUUUGUGAGAUUAAAAUACUCGGACGGUUUGAGGAGCACAAGAGCAUGAACUACGGGAGCGAUUUUCAGCCGGGUUCCGAAAUGGGAAGCAGAAAUCUCCGGUGUGUAUCAACAAGUUUUUAUGAUAAGUUAUUGUGUUUAUGGGAAUACUAA